AUGGCAGGAGCGGGGUGCCCUGUGCUGCUGGUGCCCCUUCUCGCGUCCCUUCUCUCGUGGUGCGACCUGAAAUGUGGUCUUCGUCCUAUUGAUCUGAAGAGCCCAGAGGAUUUUCUACCACUUAGCUCCUUCUCUCGAAUCGUUGGUGGGAGAGACUCUGUUCCCGGAGGUCAGCCUUGGCAGGUGUCCCUCAAACUGGGUCCUUUCCAUUUCUGUGGUGGCAGUCUAGUCCGAGAAGAUGUGGUUAUCACUGCAGCUCACUGCGUGGCCAACCUGGAGCAGAAGCUCCUGGGGCGGCUGGUGGUGACGGUGGGGGAGCACCGCCUGCGGCAGGCGGACCGCGAGGAGCAGAGCAUCCCGGUCUCGCGCGUGGCCGUGCACCCGGGCUUCGAGGCGCGGCGCUACCCGCACCGCGACGUGGCGGUGCUGCGGCUGCAGCGCCCGGCGCGCACUGGGGAUGAGGUCCACCCCAUCUGCCUUCCCCACAGAGAUGAGGACUUUGAGGCUGGGACCCUGUGCGUGGCUAGCGGCUGGGGCAAAAUGUCAGAGGGUGCUGGGGAGCCGGCGGCCGUGCUGCAGGAGGUGGAGCUGCCCCUCAUCGACGACGAGACCUGCGGGGCCCUGCUGAGGGACGCGGACCUGCCGGCGCCGCCGCGGGGCUCCGUGCUCUGUGCGGGCUUUCCCGACGGCGGGAAGGACUCCUGCCAGGGUGACUCUGGAGGCCCCCUUGCGUGCAUGAGACCCAGCGGUGCCUGGACCUUGGCCGGUGUGGUGUCCUGGGGGGUCGGCUGUGCCAGGGGCUGGGAUGCCCCACAGAGGCUUGCCGUGGCCCAUGGCUCCCCAGGUGUCUUCUCCCGGGUGGCAGCAUUCGUGGACUUCAUCGCUCAGCACAUGACAGCUGCUGCUGUGCCAAGCCCUCUUCCUGUGCCAACUCAGUGCAGUUCCCAAGGCAUACCGGUUUUUGGAGAAAAUGGUCGUGUUCAGUAUCCCCAGUCUUUGCAGGAUAAUUACCCUGACAACAGCCUGUGCAUUUGGAAUAUAACAGUGCCAGAAGAGAAGAUCAUCUUGAUACACUUCACCAAACUAGAUGUAGAGAGCCAGCUUGGGUGUGACUCUGAUUACGUGUCCAUCUACUCAAGUACAAGAGAAUUAAUCAGUAAGAUGUGUGGGGAUGUGCUACCAGCCCCUCUGCUGAUAGAGUCACACAGAGCCACUGUCACAUUUGUUUCUGAUGGAGGCAAUACUGGCCGUGGUUUUGAGCUUGCCUUCAUGGCCAUCCCUAAGGAAUCUGAAGCAGGUUCAGGCUGUGGGAGUGUGGCAAUCCUAGUGGAAGAGGGAAAGAUUGAUACUGCUAAUUACCCUGGCCUGUAUCCCAGGAACACGAAGUGCCACUGGCUCAUUGAGGCUCCAGUAGAGAAUACCAUAAAGCUGGAAUUUGAAGACUUUGCUGUUGAACUGAGUCCGAGCUGUAUUUAUGAUGCAGUUACUGUUUACAGUGAUGCAGAAGAAGAAAACCAGUUGGCUAAUCUCUGUGGAUUCUCCAUUCCUAAACCCCUACUGAGCCCUGAGAAUACAAUGCUGGUGCAUUUUGAGAGUGAUGGGGAGAACAGCUUCAGAGGAUUCAGAGCCAGGCUCACUUUUGUUCAUUCAGAAGAAGUGGAAAGAGAAAACUUAGGAUCAACUACUGUGCCAACAUUGCCUCUGGAAGAUGGCCCCUUGGGUGCCUGUGGACUUCCUGUGGUUGCUCCCCGGUGGCUGUUCCAGCGUCUUACUGGGAGCGAAGAGGCCUGUCCCCUCUGCUGGCCUUGGCACGCGGCCUUGAAGCUCCUUGGGGACUACCAGUGCGAUGGGGCUGUUGUGAGCCCCGUGUGGCUGCUGACAAGUGCCCGCUGCGUGCGGCUAUCCAAUAAACCCUUGCACUGGACUGUGACAGUAGGGGACCAUGACAGAGCCCUGAGAGAGUCGACAGAACAGAGGAGGCGGGUGAAAGCCAUUGUGGUGCAUCCCAAUUUUGACCCAGUGAGCUAUGACUCUGACAUUGCCCUGGUUCAACUAGAUGCUCCUGUGGAGUACAGCACUGCUGUGAGGCCAGUGUGUUUGCCCAACAGAACAGAGCCCUUAUCUUCCUCUUCCCUCUGCGCGGUGUCUGGAUGGGGAAUCACUGAAGCAGGUGGGAGCCGAGCUAAGCGACUGCAGCAGACACAAGUUCCUGUACUUGAGAAUGAAGCCUGUGAGAGAAACUACUACUUAAAUCACCCUGGAGGGAUCACAACUAGGAUGCUUUGUGCAGGUUUUGCCUUUGCUAGAGGGCAGGACUCCUGUCAGGGUGGUUCUGGUGGCCCUUUGGUUUGCAGCAAGGAAAAUGGACCAUUUGUUCUUCAUGGCAUUGCCAGCUGGGGAGCUGGCUGUACCAGACCAAAGAAACCAGGAGUCUACUCAAGGGUGAGGACUUUCCUGGAUUGGAUCAGACUAACCAUGAAAGAAUGCAUGUCACAAGUGGAAUCAGAAGAGCCCAGGGGCUUUAUCACGGUUACUUCAUUGUCAGGAUAUGUGGAAAGCCGAGAGCCCUCGGAUGCUCUGACUGCCUCUGAAGGGCAUGAUGAAGACUACAGCAAAGCAUUUGUCAAUGCUAACACCACUCAACUGUCAGGAGGAGUUUCCUGGGAUUUAUGA